GGACUUUUCUCUUGGAGACUUGCCUAGACAAAUCGACAAUCAUCCAUUCUCCCAUCGACCGUUUGUUACCGAGUUUCCUAAUCGUAGGACGGGAAUGAGACUAACCACGUCUGGAGAUGUUGUGAUGAUCCAAUGGGUGACAGUCACUCACAAAAGAAUCCCGUUCCAAAUCUACAAGAUGAGUAGCAAAAGAGAGACGAAGGAGUCGUUUCGGGUGCAAGGGUUGGGCGACGACGACGAUGCUGCGGACUGGGAGAGAGUGCAUUCUUUCGAGGACGAGGAGUCGUUGGUUUGGGAUUUGAGCGUCACUUUGCCAACCAAAGGCGUAUCCGGUAUCAAGAAAGAUUCCAUAUAUUACUGUCACACUUCUAAUUCAUCUAAUCGGGAAGUUGCUGCCUAUGAGAUUCCUACGCACAAGAUCACUGCGUAUGAGAUUCCUAAGCAGGAUAUCGAACCUAUUCGACACCGCGGCAUCUUGAUUGGAGAGGCUCGUUGGUUCGUUCCUUGUUUUGGUGCUGGUAUAUAAUCCGCACUAUAAUUAGGCUUCACCAAUCAACCAUGUUUUGUUAG